AUGGCCUCAGCUGGUGUCAAGGGCGCGGGACAAGGGCAGCCGUCGCAGGAUGAGGAGGGAGCACCACCGCCCCUGUGGUUGGGGGUGGUGGGGCUGCUUAUGGUGGGGGCGGCGACCCUGCCCCCCCCUGCCGCGGCCCAGCUGGAACCCCAUGACUCUCGGGCACUCAGUCAGUUGAACAAGGUCCUUCAGCAAUACGAGAUGGCGGCGAAGGCAUCAGCGGCAGCGGCGGAGGAGAUGCUGGAGACGAUUUUGGCCGAGCAAGAGGAAGCCCAAGAGGAAGAGGAACUGGGCUUCGGGAAACGCCGCACGUCGCCCCUCGCCAACUCCUACUCCUUCGGGCUGGGCAAGAGGAGUGGGCGGUACUACUUCGGGCUUGGGAAGAAGUCUGACCCAUACUCCUUCGGCCUCGGCAAGAAGUCCGGUAACUACAAUUUCGGGCUUGGCAAGAGGAGUGUGAGGGACGUGACGCACCAAGAGGAAGAGGAGGAGGAAGAGGAAGAGACCGAGGCUGGGAAGAGAUCCAAGAGGGAGGUUAGUGAGGACGGAAACACGGAAGAGGACAAGAGGACAGGUGUGAGGGGUUACUCCUUCGGGCAGCAAGAGGAAGCAAGAUGA